AAGAUAAACCUUCUCUCUCUCUCUAUACCUCCGUCUCUUUCUCUCUCUCCUGAAUCAAGCGAAGGCGUUGGCGGCCAUGGAUUUGGAUCUGUGGAUUUCGAAGGUGAAGGAAGGGCAGCAUCUAAUGGAGGACGAGCUCCAAAUCCUCUGCGAAUACGUGAAGGAUAUUUUAAUUGAAGAGUCAAAUGUCCAGCCGGUCAAUAGCCCUGUAACUGUUUGUGGUGAUAUCCAUGGUCAGUUUCAUGACCUAAUGAAACUUUUCCAGACUGGAGGUCAUGUUCCUGAGACUAAUUACAUAUUUAUGGGUGAUUUCGUUGAUCGGGGAUACAAUAGCUUGGAAGUUUUUACUAUCUUAUUGCUCCUUAAAGCAAGAUACCCUGCAAAUAUAACUUUAUUGCGAGGCAAUCAUGAAAGCAGGCAAUUAACACAGGUUUAUGGUUUUUAUGAUGAGUGCCAACGGAAGUAUGGAAAUGCUAAUGCCUGGCGGUAUUGCACUGAUGUAUUUGAUUACCUAACUCUGUCAGCAAUUAUUGACGGAACAGUUCUUUGUGUUCAUGGUGGCCUUUCUCCUGAUAUAAGAACAAUUGAUCAGAUUAGAGUUAUUGAUCGGAAUUGUGAAAUUCCUCAUGAGGGCCCCUUUUGUGAUCUCAUGUGGAGUGACCCUGAAGAGAUAGAGACGUGGGCUGUUAGUCCACGCGGUGCAGGCUGGCUAUUUGGAUCAAGGGUGACAUCGGAGUUCAAUCACAUAAACAAUCUAGACCUUGUUUGCCGGGCGCACCAGCUUGUCCAAGAAGGUCUCAAGUAUAUGUUCCAAGACAAAGGCCUUGUGACUGUGUGGUCUGCUCCAAAUUACUGUUACCGUUGUGGGAAUGUUGCUUCUAUUUUGAGUUUCAAUGAGAAAAUGGAGAGGGAGGUAAAGUUUUUCACGGAGACUGAGGAGAACAAUCAAAUGAGGGGACCCAGAACAGGCGUCCCAUAUUUUUUGUGAAGAAAGAAGUAUCCCACAUUGAAUUCUUAGGUUUAUGAUCAACAGUGAUUGAAUUUUCUGGCUUUGCCUGUAAAGUUAUACUACACGCACAAUAUCUAAGACUUCUUGCAGCAAAGGAAGAGCAGUUGACAGAAGGCCUAUGGAAAUGCCGACUCUAUUGCAUGCUGAUUUUUGAAUUCUGUUGUAUAAUAUGUUUCCUGGUCUUAGUUAAUAUUGUAUCUAUUUUUACUGUUAACCUCAAUUGACUUGUCUGUAGCAAUUUUCAGCUCCAAUGAUUAUUUCAGGGUCGGUUCGAGACUAUUGAGUCCUCACCUGGAAAACUUGUUAAAUCUAUAAUGUUUACACUGGGAUUUUGAUUCUCGCUGCUAAUGUUGUAUUAUUUGGUGGUGUAAAACGUGUAUGC